AUGGAAGCCGAACAGAAAGCCCCGAUCGUGGAAGAUUUCGCCAUCUCCCCGGGCUCCGAUAAUGAACCAAAGACUCCUCCCUCGCCGGCAUCAGCACCACCUGCCACGAAAUCGCCGACCACCGUUCCCUCGCUACGACCGGGAGCACCUGCGAAACUGAGUGAAUCAACAAACCCUCUAGGCCAAUUGAAUGCUGCUCGGAGAGGAGGCGUGCCGCCUCCGCGCCCAGUAGCUUCCAUUGGCGGACAAUCAGCAGGGCUGAACCAGGACCUCAUGGCUCGAAUGAAGGAAUUCUCCUUGUCAAGACAGGGAACUCCCGCCAGCCUCACACACGCUUCUUCGACGGGGGCAAUUCCCUCGUCAAAUCAAGCACAUGCAUCCCCAGCAGCCGCCGGAACGGCCUCUCCGCAUGCGAUCCCCUUCCCAAUCGCCGGAGGUUUGCCCGGAAGAGGGCCUAUUGCACGACCCCCGCUUCCACCGUCUAUGGCGUCGGCUCCGUCGAUACCACCGCGCCAGAAAACAGGUGGUUUGGCCGCCAAGCGGCUCAAGCCAGGUCUCAAGUUGUCUGAUGCCCAAGGGCCGCCUCCUCCAGCCCCAGAUACCCAGCAACCCGCCCAGCCCACCCACGACGACCCAACCGAUUCGGCCUUUAGCAAAUACUCUGAAUUCCUCGACACCAAGUCCGGCACACUGCACUUCAAGGACCAGGCCGUCAUCCACGGCGGAGGCAUCGAGUUCUCGUCCGGACAAAGUUUCAACAUAUCCCUAGACGAGGUUGAUCGGCUCGAAGAGCUGGGCAAGGGCAAUUACGGAACCGUGUAUAAAGUACGACAUAGUCGGCCUCACCUGCGAAGACCAGGUCUUGGCCUGUCUGGAAUUGUCAGCCGGCCAGCGGGGCUGGAAGAUGUUCUUUCACCAAACUCAAAAAAUCCACAGGACAAUCUCAGCGGGGUCGUAAUGGCAAUGAAAGAGAUCAGGUUAGAGCUGGACGAGAAAAAGUUUGCCCAAAUCAUCAUGGAACUAGACAUUCUACACCGAUGCGUAUCGCCUUUUAUCAUUGAUUUCUAUGGCGCCUUCUUCCAAGAAGGCGCUGUCUACAUCUGUGUCGAGUACAUGGACGGCGGAUCUGUCGAUCGACUAUACAAGGGCGGAAUGCCCGAGAACAUCCUGCGCAAAGUGGCUCUUUCGACAGUCAUGGGUCUCAAGACAUUGAAGGACGACCACAACAUCAUCCAUCGGGACGUCAAACCCACCAAUAUCCUCGCCAACAGCCGGGGGCAGGUCAAAAUCUGCGACUUUGGAGUGAGCGGCAACCUGGUUGCGAGCAUUGCCAAGACCAACAUUGGAUGCCAGAGCUACAUGGCCCCCGAACGCAUUGCUGGCGGCGGCAUGCAGCAGUCGGGGGGGACGAGUGGAGGAACUUAUAGUGUCCAGAGCGAUAUCUGGAGCUUGGGCUUGUCGGUGAUUGAGUGUGCCCGGGGGCGAUAUCCGUACCCUCCGGAGACGUACAACAACAUCUUCAGUCAAUUACACGAAAUUGUCAACGGCGAGCCACCUACCUUGCCGGAUGACUUUUCGGACGAUGCCCAUGCAUUUGUUCGAGCAUGUCUUGACAAAAACCCAAGCAAUCGCCCUAGCUACAAGCAGCUUCUCCGCCACCCGUGGCUUACGUCCUUGAUGGUACCCCCGACGGCGACGAAUGGAGACGCCGAUGCCCCCCAAGAGCCUUCAUCUCAGCUCUCGCCCGAUGCGACCGACGAUGCCGAGGUAGCGGCAUGGGUGACGGAAGCUCUGGAGCGCCGUCUAGCAGGUACAUCGGGCUCGGAUGAGAGGCCAGCGUUGCAUGCUGCUCCGCUUGAUGCUGUUGGGGGGAGCCCUCUAAUUGAAGAGCCCACGUCUCUGUCACCGCAUGAUUAG